AUGGAUAUUUCUGGUAUUGUUCAGUCAUACGACUCGCGGGCUGCCUCGUCAGCGGCACUUUCUCGAACAAUCAUGGCUCCUCAGUAUUCUCCGGCGCAGACAUAUAGCGGAGCAACUAGCCACAACAUGGUAGCAACACACCCACAACAGCAACAGCAGCACAAUCCGUUCAGUUUCACUGGUUACUCUGGACCCAACACGAACAUGAUUGUCCCAGCGUUUACGAACUGCAACUUCAUUCAGCAAAGACCACUCCCGCGCUUAUUGCAAGUAGACGACGAUGGAAGUCGACAAGUCUCGUACCCCCGAACGUCCCGAACUGGCUUCAUUGAAGAACACCAUAGUCAAAGCCCACCGGUCAAAGCAGAAUCGAUGUGGCCUGCCCCAGCCAGUAACCCUGUGUUCAACUCGGCCGAAACUAAGACUUCUCCAAUAUCGACACGGGCGCAAGAGGUUAACUUCGGAACAGAAGUCGAUACUUUGAUGAAAGCCAUCCAGGCGAAAGCGCAAACCACCCCCCCACAGGCAACCUCCUCUGCCGAACAGAUCAGACCUGUGGAAGAAUCAAGUAGCCCGAAGAACUCGAAGAAGCGUUAUCAAUGUACGAUUGCGAAUUGCAACAAGAGUUUCUAUCAGAAGACACAUCUGGACAUUCACGAGAGAGCUCAUACAGGAGUCAAGCCAUACGCAUGCAAAGAGCCCGGCUGUGGUCGAACAUUCUCACAGCUUGGAAACCUGAAGACUCACGAACGUAGGCACACUGGAGAACGUCCAUAUCAAUGUGAAAUUUGUGGAAAGCGGUUUGCUCAACGAGGCAAUGUCCGCGCCCACAAGAACGUCCACGACAAGUCAAAGCCCUACCACUGUCGCCUUGACACCUGUACAAAGGACUUCACCCAGCUGGGAAAUCUCAAGUCCCACCAAAACAAAUUUCAUAUCGAGACCAUCCGCAAUCUGACCGCUAAGUUUGCUUCUAUUAAGGACGGCGACAUUGUCCAUGCCGGCGACAAAGAACUAUGGGAGUAUUUCGCCAACCUGUAUAAGAACAGCAACAAGGGUAUCAAGGGCCGUGGUAAGGAUCGCAAAGUUGGCUCCGUAUCUAGCCGGUCCUUCAAUUCCGGUAUGCGCAGCUUAGGUGUCCAUGGGAGAGGCUUCGGUAUGGCGGGCUCCGGCCGCAGUAACAUGGUUGUUGGUGUCGGCGGUAUGGGGGCCCCAAGUGGAGGCAGAGCCGAUGGUGGACAGUACGACAUGUUUGAUGUUGAUGACGGGAGCCAGAGUGGACAAUCACACAUCGUGAGUAGAGGCGCAAGCUCAGUUGGAACGUGUUACGAGGACGCGCCGUCAGACGCUUAUGAAGACCAUGGACGAGGCGCCAACGAGUUGGCGUUCGGUGACAGGAUAUACUAA